GAUUAACAAAAUUGAUCCAGUAAAACAGAUCUCAAAAAAAGGAAAAAAAGAAAAAGAAAAAGGAGACUUCGAACCCGUGACAUGAGGGUUGGGCCGGCGCAACCUUUAUAGAUCAUCAGGCCCUAAAAUUCUCUAAACACGAAGCUCCGAUCUAAUCCACCAAUCACAACUCUCUCUCUCUCCUUCCCAAUCUCAAGAUCCAAAUCUCUCUCAACCAAACCAAACCUCACGCGCCACCGCCAUGUCGACUCCACCGACCCUCCCCGUCACCAACCAACAACAACCCCAGCCACCAAUCAACACCCCCGCCUUCCGCACCUUCUUCUCCCGCCUCUCCACCUCCAUCCGCGACGGCUUAUCCCAACGCCGCCCCUGGGCCGAACUCGUCGACCGAAGCUCCAUGGCCCGACCCGAAUCCCUAACCGACGCUCUCUCCCGGAUCCGCAAGAAUCUCGCCUACUUCAAGGUGAACUACGUGGCCAUCGUCUCCCUCGUCCUCGCCUUCUCCCUCUUCUCCCAUCCUCUCUCCCUCCUCGUCCUCCUCGGCCUCCUCGCCGCGUGGAUGUUCCUCUACCUCUUCCGUCCCUCGGAUCAGGCCUUGAUC